AUGUCUCGAGCCUCGAAGCUGACCCUUUUGGGUACCUCGCUCUUCGCUGGUAGCACUAUUCUCUUCGUUCACUUCCAGCAAAGGUUCGAGAAGCAGGCUAUGCACGAAGGUGUCGUCCGCGAUAUGGAGCAACAGCGAAUUAAGCGCGAACGCCAACUUGAUUUCGAUAUGCAAAAGGCAUUGGAAGAGGAAUACAAGCGUGAGCAAAACGUUCGCAGCUCAUUAGAGACCCCGCUACAAAGCGAUGGCGGUCGGAUGAACAAAUCAUAG